CGGAAAAUCAUACGUUGCUUAAUAUUUGCAUUCAGGAUUCAAGGAGUAAAAAGUCCUAAUGAACUUUCUAUUAGAAAUACAAAUCUUUUGCAACAUUUUAUAUGUUUUUGCUGUCACUUUAGAUCAAUUGAAUGUGCCCUUCUGACCAUCACACACACAAAUACAUGCAUUGUCUUUUACUAUGAAACACUAGAUCUUCCAUCUGUCUAAUUUUCCAGCCAGCAGAGGAAGUAAUGGAGCAUUUCUCCAUCAUAUUGUUUGGGGUAAACAGAGGCGGCCAUUGUAUGUGUCUGUUUGGCACAACCUGGUCCUCCUGUAUUUACGUAUUUAUACAUGAGUCAGCAAGACUUCAGGAGAAGAGACGUCUCCUUCUGCAAUAUGUCCGAAAGGAGAAAGAAAAGAGUAUCUACAAAUCAAAGACUUCUACAUUUAUUUCUUAAUGACCUUUAAGGUACACACAGAUCAACUUGGACAAUACAGUAAGCAAGGUAAGAUCUUUAUUUUGAAUGCUUCAUUGCAAACCAUCAGAAAAUCCCAUUGUAAAAUAAAUUCUGCAAGAAUUAAUGGUAAAAAAAAAAAUAAUGUUAAAGAUUUAGUCUCAUGGAUUGAAAUUUAGGUUAACAGUCAAAAAAAGAAUUAACUGAUACAGUGGUAACCUUUUUUCUUUUCUUUUUUUUUUUUAAUGAAAAUCCAUCAAAUGUGAAGAGCAAACAGGAAAUUCUGGGAAUGUAAAUGUAAAUUUUUUCACUGUAAAUUUUAAGAUCACAGUAUUUUAUUGUAAACCUACAUGAAAUGUCCUAGAUAGGUCCUGCUGGUGAACUCAAAACACCUGCCGGGAAGUUUCUAGUAAUCCUGAAGACCUUGAUUAGCUGGUUCAGGUGUGUUUAACUAGGAUUAGAGCUGUGGUCCUCCAGAAACUGAACUGGACACCCCAAGGGAACUUAACCGCCAGUACUUUCGAAAGGACAACAAAAUGCAGAAAAUGGCAUAUUUCCAAGCAAUGUGCCAAUGGAAGUAAUCGAGAGGAAGAUGAUGGAAGAUCUGCCGAAUUUCCGGUCGAAUUCCUCCAGCUUGCACUGGACCGUUAUUAACAUCAACGAAACGAACUCUACCUCCUCGGACAUUUACGUCAUAAGCCUCCUCCUCUCCUGCAUCUACACCAUCUUGCUCUUCCCGCUCGGCCUCAUGGGUAACAUCCUGAUCCUGCUGGUGAACUUUGACCCCCGGCAGCGGAUGAGCACGCCGGACCUGUACUUUACUAAUUUGGCCCUGGCCGACCUAGUGUUGGUUCUGGACUCACUUAUUGAAGUGUUCAACCUGAGCACGCACUAUUACGAUGAUGCGGUCUUGUGCUCAUGCAUGGCGAUCUUCCUCCAGGUCAACAUGUACAGCAGCGUGUUUUCCCUCACAUGGAUGAGUUUGGACCGCUGCCUUGUGCUGACCGGCCUAAGAACGCGAGCGCUACCUGAAAAUGCCUCCAUUUCGCAUCGUUCGCGUGUUGCACUCAGGGCUUGUGUGACCAUAUGGGCAGCGGCCACCUUGUGCACUCUUAUUCCAUUCGCUACUGUGCAUGUGCAUCACGGAUGGGGGCGUGGCUUCUGUUUUGCAGGCGUGGCUGAGGUGCAAUGGCUGGAAGUGACGCUGGGAUUCGCGUUGCCGUUUUGCGUGAUGGGCUUCUGCUACACUUUAAUCGCACGUGUGCUUUUGCGCUCUGAACGGCCACAGCGAACCAAAGCCCUGCGCAUGAUCGUUGCCGCCGUGAGCGUGUUUUUUGUGUGCUGGCUGCCAGAGAACAUCUUUAUUAGCGUGCAUCUUUUAAACGGGGACACGGAUGCCUCACGGCGACGUGGAAACCAUAAUCUGUGGCAGCGUUAUCCACUUACCGGACACAUUGUGACAUUAGCGGCCUGCGCCAACAGCUGCCUGAACCCACUCGUCUACAGCCUGCUGGGAAACACCUUUAGACGGAAACUGCAGGUGUUUGUCGCGCACCACGUGCCAUGUCUGCAUAAGCAUAACACAAGAGCAACACCUCCCUGUCCAUGUGUAACAUGCACAAAUGCGCACCAUUCGUGCUCACACGAGAAUAAGGAAGAGGAAGAACAUGACCUUAGAAGCGGCGAGGAGGGUCAAGAGUGUGUGUGUGACAGAGUGGGAUAAACAUGGCCAUGUUGUAUUGACACAGAACAAGUUAUCUUUUUUUCUUAAAAAAAAAAAAAAAAAA